AUGGCUCCUAGGAGAAUAACACCCACACUGAUUGCAUCCUCUUCAUCUGAUGAUUCAUCUAACACAAGCAACUUACGGAUAUCUAACGAAGAAGACGACAAUCCAUACCAAGAGAAGGUAUUGGUAUCAUCGGAUAUUAGAAACGGAUCGGAACCGAUUUUAAAAACAAAUAUUGAUAUUUCAUUAUUGUUUAAUUCCUAUGGAACAACCAGACGACACAACACUGCGGGAGGAAAUUAUACAUUUCAUGUCUUACCAUCUUUUGUAACAUUGGACAAUUCAAAUCCUUCACAUUUAAAUGUUGUUUAUGAACAUCGAAAUUAUUUAAGAAUUGCUUCCAUGACAUGUCCCGAAAAUAUUCGUAACAAACUCAAUCCUAUUCUUGUCAACAAGUACAAAUCUUUCAAAUCUCUUGAAGAAUUUCCUUCCAUAUCGGAAUCAAAUUUAUCGAUCAAUAAUUAUCGAAAUCAAGACGAAGCGUUGAGUAUCAAGGAAAAACUUGAAAUCUAUGGAUGUGUUUCAACAAAUGAUACAUAUUUCCUAAUAGCAAAAGAUAUUACCAACUCUUUAAAGGCACUUGAAUUUGAUCGAAGUAGUACUUUUAAAAGACAAGUUAUUCUCAUAGAAAAUCUUUCAAAUGUUAUUGCAGUGGGAAUUGAGAAUACUCUCGUUCUUGUUGGAUCCAACACAAGAGUUUACAUGAUUGAUAUUACUGCACUUGCUUUACAAAAGAAUAUUCUCUCUAUGAAUUCAUUCAAUAUCAAGCAAAAAGAAAUUUCACUAUGCUAUCCCACUUGCAUCCAUGGAAAUCAAAAAGAAUUUUAUUUAGGUUGUGAAAACGGAGAUGUAAUAUUUGGUCGAUUCGAGUCAACAAUUUCAGAGAAACAGGUUUUCACACUCAAACAGCCAGUUGUUUCAAUAUUCCAACUCAAACACGAGGGUCAAGAGCGCUUACUAAUUGUUGGAACUCAAAAGAUGGUGACCACCAACGUGAUGAACAAUACGAUUUUCACCUCUCUAAUGCUCUCAUCAGGAUCUUCCAAAACUCCAAAGAAAAAAAAUUUCCUUACCACAUUUGAAGAACAAUCUCUUGUUGGUGUGGAUAAUAGUGACGAGAGAGUGAUCACAUGUUGUCUUAAUUACAACCAUUCUAAAUUGGCCACUAUUAGUACUUUGGGCAAUGUGAAAAUCUUUCAACUAGCACCCUCUCUAGAAUUAAUAUUUUGUGCCAACUUUAAACAUACAGCAAGUACUAUUCAGAGAGGAGUUACUACUACUACUACUAUACCCACACACCAACCCUGCAGAGAGUUUGAAUGUUCUAAUUUUUGCUUUGCUCGUACUCUCAGCUCUGAUACUCAUGAAUAUUUGGUUCUUUGCACAGUUGAUGGUUUGAUCUAUUGCUUUUCUCCAAUACUACUUUGA